AUGAUAUACCAGCAAGCAGCAUGCGCGGAUAAUGGAAGGCAUGCUUGCUACCUGUACACCGGCGAGUGCAAUACAGUGAAGGACACCUGCUUCAACUGGGCGGAGAUUCCCUUCGAUCAGCGCCCGCCCGCCACAUGGAGGCUACUUGGACCAAAACUUGGCUGCGGCAGCUGGGAAGAUAUUAAGCUCGAGCCGGUUUCCCACGCCAGAAACGCUGAAGAAUGCAACGCCAGGUGCGCCAGUUUACCUGGUUGCAAGUAUGGGCAUUUCCAGUUUAGGUCUGGCCCUGUGGGCCGUUUGACCGCAUUCAAGAACGCUUGCUACCUCCUCGGGGACGGGUGUACGUUGGGAGUCAACCCGUACUGGAACCUCUACCUCAUGGGCAACCAUGCGCCCCCGAACAUGCCUGAGUUUUACCACUUUCACUUUAUGAUGUAUCAGCCAUGUCCGUCCUACCCUGCGCACGAACUUGGCCUUUGCGAAUCCAGGUGCGGCGAAUGUCUCCCAACCGUGGAGCCGAUUCCGCAGCUUGCCAGGGACCUCAUCGAGUCUGUUCCGGAUCAGGCAGAAAAAUAA